AUGCAACUAAAGGCUGUAUUGUUGUCAUCUUCAAUUUUGACCAUUGCUCACGCAUGGUCUCCAACAAACAGUUAUGCACCAGCUACUGUUGAUUGUGCUGAUGAUCUAAAUAUUAUUAGGGCCGCCGAUGGUUUGUCCGAAUCAGAAUCAAAUUGGGUUGCCAAGAGAGAUGCAGUCACUCAAGCUGCUCUUAAGACAUUUUUAACACGUGCCACUUCUAAUUUCAGCGAUAAGUCGAUUCUAAACUCAUUAUUUAGUGAAUCUUCUAAUGUUCCUAGGGUUGCUAUAGCCGCAUCAGGUGGUGGUUACCGUGCCACAUUCGGUGACGCUGGUAUGGUAGCUGCUAUGGAUGACAGAACAGACGGUGCAAAUGAGCAUGGUCUUGGUGGUUUAUUACAAGGUACCACAUAUUUAGCUGCUAUUUCUGGUGGUUCAUGGUUUACCAGUACUGUUGUUUUCAACAAUUGGACUUCUGUUCAAGAUAUCAUUAAUCAAAUGGGUGACAAUGACGGUUCUAUCUGGGAUAUUGAACAAUCUGCUUUAAGUCCAGGUGGUACAGACACUGCCUUUACAAAUCAAAGGUUCGAAAACAUUUCAGAAGCAUUAAGUGAAAAAUCUUCUGCAGGUUUCUCAACUUCCCUAGCUGACGUUUGGGGUUUAGCAUUCUCUUAUUACUUCUUCCCAUCUCUACCAGAAGGUGGUGUUGGUUAUACGUGGUCUACUAUCCAAGAAACUGAUGUCUUCCAAAAUGCUGAGAUGCCAUAUUUGAUCCAAUUGGGUAAGGCCCAGGUACCUGGAGCAGUGUCUGUUGAUUUCAGCUCUCCUACUAUUGAAGUUACUCCAUAUGAUUUUGGUUCUUGGGAACCAUCCAUUAAGAGUUUUGCUGAAAUUAAAUAUCUAGGUACCGAAGUUUCAAAUGGUUCCCCUGUUACGCCAGGUCAAUGUGUUGAAGGUUUUGAUAAUGUCAACUUCUUGAUUGGUACCUGUACAAAUUUGAUUGAGUAUGUCGAACAAGCCAACUCUGCUUAUUACAACGCUGUCAUUGAUCAAUUAGCUACAUUGUUCUUAGGUAACGCCAGUACAAAUGCAGACCGUACUCUUGCAAUUUAUUCUCCAAACCCAUUCAAAGAUACUACUAAUUAUGAGUCCGGUUCAGAUACUACUUUUGUCACUGACGAUAAACUAUUGUUGGUUGAUGGUGGUAUUGACGGUCAAGUCAUUCCAUUCAUUCCGGUUAUGAAACAAGAACGUGAUGUCGAUGUUGUCUUUGCUUUAGAUCAAACUGCAGAUGCUGAUGAUCUAUUCCCUAACGGUGAUUCUCUUGUUUACACUUACGAACGUCAAUUCACUGAAGCUGGUAAGUACGAUGCAUUCCCAUAUGUUCCAGAUAUUGAAAGUUUUGUUGAAUUAGGUCUAAAUAAAAAACCAGUUUUCUUUGGUUGUGACGCUUCCAACUUGACGGAUCUAAGAUACGUCCCUCCAUUGAUGGUUUAUCUACCUAACGUUGCUCAUUCAUAUGCAUCCAAUAUCAGUACUCUUCAAUUAUCAUUCACAGCCGAAGAACGUUUAGAUUUAAUCAGAAAUGGUUUUGAAGCUGCUACCAUGGGUAAUUUUACUGAAGAUCCAGAUUUCUUAGGCUGUAUUGGUUGUGCUGUUAUGAGACGUAAGCAAGAAAAGUUUGGUUUGGACUGGCCAGAAGAAUGUCAGCAAUGUUUUACCAACUACUGUUGGGAUGGUUCUACCAAGGAUGACAUUAAAAACACUACUAAUAUAUCAUCUACCGUGAGCGAUAACUCUACUACUACCACUACCACUACAGAUGGUGCUUCUUACACCACAAUUCUUUCUACCAUCGACGCUGAUGAAUUAAGUACAAUCCACUUUGAAACUUCUACCACAAUCACCUGUCAUGAAUGUGAACAAAACACUGCAUCUCCAACUGUCACAUACACCACUAUAACAGCAGAAUGUGGAGAAUGUGAAGGCGGUUUCACAACUGUUGUUACAACUGUGCCAUGUGAAGUAGAUGAAGUAACUCAAUCCGACACCCAUAAGUAUACGACUGUCUCAUCCUGGACUACAACUACAGAAGUAUGUUCAGAAUGUGAGCAGAUGGAAGCAAUGGCCUCUGCCAGUGUCAAUUCUUCCUCCAAUGUUGUAAACACAGCUCAAGUUACUUCCCAAGGAAGCUCAUCUAAGAAUCUUUCUUCCAACGUGUCUGAAAAUUCUCAAGUUUCCUCAACAUCUAUUCCAUCUGUAUUACAAGUUACAACUGAUAUGCCAUCCCAAUCUUCCUCUGUCUACAGCGUAAUUGUUAACGAAAAUGGUGCUGAUCAAUUAUCUCUCCAAAGUAUAUUGACAUCUGCCGCAGCCAUUGUUGCAUUUAUUGGUUUAAUCUAG